AUGAAUCGAACAGUCAUUUCGCAUUACUUGUUACUUAUAUUGCUGCUAUCUAUCAACAAUUUUGUUUCGUCAUCGAACGACUCCAUUUAUCCACGUUUCGUAGAACCCGUUCCAAAUGUAACAGUGACAGUUGGGCGCGACGCGCUACUUGCGUGCGUUGUAGAGGAUUUAAAAAGUUAUAAGGUUGCCUGGGUUAGAGUGGACACGCAGACAAUCUUAAGUAUCCAUCAUAACAUCAUAACACAAAACCCACGCAUCAGCCUUUCUUUUAACGAUCACCGUUCUUGGUAUCUGCAUAUAAAGAAUGUACAAGAAGUGGAUCGUGGUUGGUAUAUGUGUCAAGUAAAUACAGACCCUAUGCGCUCACGAAAAGGUUAUUUACAAGUUGUUGUUCCUCCGAUGAUCAUAGACAAUAUGACCUCAACGGAUAUGGUGGUGCGCGAAGGGAUAAACGUAACUAUGCACUGUCGUGCUACGGGCUAUCCCGAACCAUACGUCAUGUGGCGUCGCGAAGAUGGCCAAGAAUUUAAUAGUAACGGAGAGUCUGUUAACGUUGUGGAUGGAGAAAACUUGACAAUAUCCAAAGUCUCCCGCUUGCACAUGGGUGCAUACUUGUGUAUAGCCUCAAACGGUGUACCACCUUCCAUCAGUAAAAGAGUUGUUUUAAUGGUCCAGUUUCCACCAAUGUUAUCGAUACCAAACCAACUGGAAGCAGCCUACAUAGGCCAAGAUGUAACAUUAGAAUGUCAUACUGAAUCCUAUCCAUCGUCCAUAAACUACUGGACAACAGACAGAGGCGAUAUGAUAAUAUCAGGUAAUAAAUACCUAACGUUGCUAAGCGACGAUAGUUAUAGUCGAAUCAUGAAAUUGACCAUAAGAAAAGUAUCAAGCAAAGAUUUUACAUCAUACCGAUGCGUUGCUAAAAAUUCUCUUGGAGAAACAGACGGCUUCAUUCGACUUGACGAAAUUCCUGCUCCGUCUACAUUGAGCACUACUGUGAGUUACGUCCCCACAUUUCCACAAAAAAAGAAAGGAAAAAACAAAAAUCAUUGGAAAGAAUCUUCAGCUGAAAACAGAGUUAUUGGUGACUAUGAAGUGGAAGAAUGGAAAGAUAUAGAUUACGAGUCGACACAAUCGUCGAGUUCAACAGUUCUACGGGGCACCUUACUUAUAACUGCAACAGUAGCUUUGACAAGUUGA